CGCUAGAUAAGUUCUCUCCGCCCAAAAUAGCGAACUAGGACUUACUGGUGGGCCGGAUCUGCUACAUACGCAAAAUCACCGAUUCAACGCUUUUAAGUGCAGAGCGAGCGCCGAUCCUCUUCAAUCUUCUCUGUUGUCAAGUCCCGAACACAUCCAAGCCAUCUAAGUGUGCACAUGACCAUUUCAGCAUCUCAGUGGGGUUUGCCUACCGCUUCUAGGCGGGCUCUUCUCAUUCAUGGCAUGACCAUGUCCUCACAAUCAUGGCAGGGCGUCGCUGAGCUAUUGGUAGCAGAUGGGUUUUUCGUCGUUGCUCCAAAUCUCCUUGGGCAUGCAGGGAGACAGAGCACCGACUAUCGUGUGUCCAACAUUGCAGAGGACCUCCGAUCUUAUUUCGUCAUGGGCACAUCCUACGACGUAAUCAUCGGUCAUUCUUUUGGAGGCCCGGUGACCUUGUCGCUCUUGCCAUUCUUGCCCAAGACGAAAGAUACCACUGUCAUACUCCUCGAUCCUGCCCUCGAGGUUACAGAGGAGAAAUUGGAAAUGAACAAACAAUUAGUUAUGAAUGAGUUGGCGAGAAUCAGAACUCCAGAAGAGCAUAUGGCUGAAAAUCCCGCUUGGUCACGACGUGACUGCAUGUCAAGAGUGCUGGGUAUGGCCACGUACGAUGGCGCUGGUGGUAUAGAGAUGUUUCGGCAAAAUACGCCGUGGUCUUUCAGUGGGCUGAUCAAGGACAUUCCACCUAACGUCAAGGUCACCGUACUGGUAUCGGAUCCAAAAUUUAACGAUAUUUUGGAAUCCGUCCCUCGUGACGUGGAGAGAUUGAAUUCCAGAGUUCUUACUGGAAUUGGUCAUUGGAUUCAAUACGAGCUUCCGCGUGCUAUCAUGGAUGAAAUUCCCUUACCGAGAGCAAAACUGUGAGCCGUGUAAAGAAGGGAUGGUGUUCUGCGAAGUAAUUUUUAUCUGUAACCGCUGUAUACUUGUUCUUGAUGUUGCCCCCAGGCUGCUUAAGAUAACAAUACAUCCUACGUGGUCACGACGUGGCUGCAUAUUAAGAGCACUGGGAGUCUCCAUGUGUGAUUGCGUCGUUGUCGAGAUGCGGGUAAUAUUUCAGGUGUCGAAAUGUGCUGCCCUUGUUUCGAACAGCAAAAUGCCCCAGUCUUUUAGUGCGC